CCGGAUAACCUUCGUCCAGUCGCGACCCGACUGAACCCGUGACUCGGCGCUCGCGAGCGACCGGGUUCGACGUCCGAGGUCCAAGGACCCUCCCCGGGGACACGUCGAGCAUACGCACGUUUUUAAGAUAUACGUGUGUAUUUAUACGCGCGAGGUGCGCCAAGCGCGACGACGACGACGGCGACAGUCGCCCUCGCCUUGGUACUAACAGCGGCGACCAGGACACGGUGAUCCAGGUACUCCUAAUGCUUGAAAUCUCGAUGAGGCUUAUGUCGUCGACGUCGUCACCGUCGGAAUUGUCGCCGUCGGAGUCGUCGUCGUCGUCGUCGUCGAAGCCGUCGCCGUCACCGUCACCGUCACCGUCACCGUCGGAGUGGUUGCUAUUAUUGUCGCCACCACCACCACCGCUGGAGUUGGAGUCGUCGCUACUGUCAUCGUCGCCGUCGUCGUCGUCAUCGCCGCUGCCACCACCAUCGUCGUCGUCAUCAUCGUCACUGUCAUCCUCGUGGUCAAUGUCCACGUGUUCGCUACCGCCGUCGCUCGUCGCUUUACCUCUACGUCCGUAAGGAAAAGAUUUGGUGCCGAACAGCGUGCAGGUUUGCGAUAAUCUAACAAAAGUCAGGAUGGCGAGCAAUAAGAGUACAGGCGUCACCACGCACAUAAAGCCCGUGGAAGUUUCUCAGCAGCUGCAAGGUGGAGAGAAGUUUAUCAAGUGGGACGAGGAUUCUGGGGUGGCAACGCCGGUGACUUUGAAAGUGGAUAAAUAUGGUUUUUAUUUACACUGGGUGGAUCAAAAUAAUGAGAUGGAUAUGCUGGACAUAGCAGUUAUAAGAGAUACUCGCACAGGAAAACAUGCCAAAAUACCAAAGGAUCCAAAGCUGAAAUCUCUUGUAACGAUGGGCCCUCAAGAUUCCUUAGAAGACAAAACUCUAACAGUCUGUUAUGGUUCUGACUUUUUCAAUAUGAGUUUUAUUAAUUUUUGCACAACUCGUGCAGAAAUAGCACAACAUUGGGCGGAACAACUUUUUCAAAUGGCGUACAAUUUGAUUCAAUUAAACACUAGCACAACUAUGUUCUUAUUGAAAGCACAUACUAAGCUUGCACUUACUGCUGACAAAAAUGAAAAGGUACCGGUAAAAAAUAUAAUAAAAAUGUUUACACAAAACAAAGACGAUCGCAAGCGUGUUGAGAAAGCACUCGAUAUUUCUGGCUUUCCAACUGGCAAAAAUGACGCUGUGCCGUUGACAAAAUUUCAAUUUGAGGAUUUCUUUAACUUUUAUAAGUCUCUCACUCAGAGAUCGGACGUGGAAAAAGUGUUUGAAGGAGUUAUUGGCAAUAGCAAACGCAAAUUGAUGUCCGUUUCGCAAUUUGUGGACUUUUUGAACCAGUCGCAGAGAGAUCCGCGCCUCAACGAGAUACUUUAUCCAUAUGCGAAUGAAGCAAGAGCAAAGGAUAUUAUAAAUCAGUAUGAACCGAAUAAAUGUAAUGCAAAUAAAGCGCAACUCAGUUUUGAUGGGUUUUUAAGAUAUCUCAUGAGUGAGGACAAUCCAAUUGUUGCUAUUUCUAAAUUUGAAUUGUCUGACGACAUGGAUCAACCGCUUCCGCAUUAUUUUAUAAAUUCUAGUCACAACACAUAUUUAACAGGGCAUCAACUUACUGGAAAGAGUUCUGUGGAAAUUUAUCGUCAAUGUCUUCUGGCCGGUUGUCGAUGCGUCGAAUUAGAUUUUUGGAAUGGAAAAUUUGAGGAACCCGUUAUUGUUCAUGGAUAUACAUUUGUACCUGAAAUAUGCGCACGAGAUGUAAUAGAGGCAAUUGCUGAGACUGCUUUUAAAACGUCGGACUAUCCAGUUAUUCUCAGUUUCGAAAAUCAUUGCAAUCCAAAGCAGCAAGCUAAAAUUGCUCAAUACUGCAGAGACUUUUUUGGGGAGAUGUUACUUGAUGCGCCACUCGAAUCGCACAAGUUAGAGCCGGGUCAAGAGCUUCCACCGCCGUCGUUAUUAAAGCGCAAAAUAAUAAUAAAAAAUAAGAAAAAGCAUCAUCAUCAUCAUAAAAAGCACCUGAAAAAGCAACAGCAAGUUUUAGACAUUGCUGAAGGUACCCUAGAGGAUGAAACUAAUGGAACAGUGAAUCUAUCUGCUGCAGGAGAAAACGGUCCUCCACCGGAUAUUAUACCUCAGAGUGAAAUGGGUGAUGACGUUGCGCUACUUGAAAAUGAACAAAUUGGAAAUGGCGAUAUUUCUCAUACUCCGAUGCUGCAACAAAGACAGGGCAGUAAAGAUAGCGGCCAGGAUGAUGAAGACGAAGAAGAUGAAUCAAGUACAGAGGAAGAUGAAUCUAAUGUGGAAUUGAGAAUAGGUGACAAAGCCGUGACAGAUAAAUCCGUGGCCAAAGAGACGGAGGCGGGAGCAGAAAUUUCAGCUUUAGUUAAUUACGUACAGCCCGUACACUUCAGCAGUUUCGAAUCGGCUGAAAAAAAGAAGCGCUCGUACGAAAUGUCAUCCUUUGACGAGAAACAAGCUACUACUCUCUUGAAAGAGAAGCCACUAGAGUUUGUGAAUUAUAACAAGCAUCAACUGUCUCGGGUUUAUCCAGCGGGAACGAGAUUCGAUUCCAGUAACUUCAUGCCACAAGUAUUUUGGAACGCGGGAUGUCAGCUGGUAGCGUUAAAUUAUCAAACACUCGAUCUGGCGAUGCAAUUAAAUUGUGGAAUAUUUGAGUAUAAUCAACGUUGCGGUUAUUUAUUGAAGCCGGAAUUUAUGAGAAGAAAAGAUCGGCGAUUAGAUCCCUUUGCCGAGUCUACCGUUGACGGUAUUAUAGCAGGCACGGUUCACAUUAACGUGAUAUCCGCACAAUUUUUAACCGAUAAGAGAGUAGGAACUUACGUGGAAGUCGAUAUGUACGGUUUACCGGCGGAUACUGUAAGGAAGAAGUUUCGCACGAAAAUUGUGCCGAAUAAUGGUAUUAAUCCCGUAUAUGAUGAAGAGCCGUUCGUAUUCAAAAAGGUAGUUUUGCCGGAACUUGCCUCGAUAAGGAUAGCGGCGUACGAAGAAUCUGGACGUUUAAUCGGUCACAGGGUACUUCCCGUAGUCGGAUUAUGCCCGGGAUACAGACACGUAGCAUUAAGAACAGAAUGUGGGCAACCGCUGCCAUUAGCGAGUCUGUUUUUACACGUUAUCGUGAAAGAUUACGUUCCCGACGGUUUGAGUGAACUUGCUGAAGCUUUAGCGAAUCCUAUUAAAUAUCAGAGCGAAGUGGAGAAAAGAGAGAACCAAUUGUUGGUUCUUACAGAUUACUUAGAUGAACCGGAAGAAAUCGAAGAUAAAAGUAAAGUUGGUGAAACACCUAGUACGGCUAGUGCUAAACCAGCUGAGGAAGUUGUAAAAGCUAAACGAUUACAGUCCGUGGGCGAAUUGCCAAGUCUUUUACCAACUUCCAGUAGCUUACAUGGUAGACCAUCUAUCGCCGGCUUAGGUAGUUCGGACACAGUAGAUGUGGACGACGACACUCCUUGCUCUACAGUUCAAAUGGUCGAUACAUCUAUAAAUAAAAGUCCAGUCAAUGUUAGCAAUAUAAGUGACGAAAUAGUAGCCGAGAGUUUUGAAAAACUCAUGGAAAAUAAACUGGUCAGGGAGAAAAAGCUGGAACUCGAGAAGAAACUUGAAUCUCUGAGGAAAAAGCAUGAGAAGGAGAAAAUGCGGUUGCAAUCGCAGAAAGCCUCACUCGACGGCGAGAAGCAUCGAUCGAAAUUUUAUAUGAGCAACAAGCUGGUGAAGCGACUGUCGAGUAAAAAUAUCAGUUUUUCGAGUGAAGUGGGUUUAAGCACCUUGGCCUUGACUGAGACUACCGAAUGUCCGGAGAAUGCGGAGAAUCGCGAAGGAAACGAGGGAACCAGAGGCUUACCCAGAAGUCAAAGCGAACGAUUUUUAGCUGUAUGCAAGGCACAUGUUCAACAGGAGCGUGAACUUCAAGAAAAGUAUUAUGAAAACCUCUUUGCGACCGUCGAAAAAGUGAUGAAAGCAUCGCAGUCCAAUCAACUGAAAAUGCUCCAGUUGCUUUUAGAGAGAGAAACGACAGACGUUAAACGCAAACUGCAGGCUACGAGACAAGGCGAGGUUAAACAAUUGGCCAAGGUACACAAAGAUAAAGCCGAGCUGGAACGUAUAAAGCGAGAAGUUGCAAAAUCGACCGUGGAGAAAGGCGUAAAUGAAUGUACACGCUUAACAAAAAUUUUUGAUAGGAAAAGAGCAGAGUUAGAAAGACAACAUGAAGAAGUGCGGCAAAAGUUGGAAGAGGAGCGGGCUAAGGUGAAAGCUAAUUUGCUGGCGGAGUACAGUAGCCGCUACAGUAAGUACGAAAGUGGUGAGUUACCCCUGUCACCAUCUGGCGGAGCUAGUUUGCCCGAGUCGCUCAGCGAGAAUACAUAUUGACUUGCGAAAUGAAUCGUCUAGCUGUGUGUUAAUUAAAGACACGACAUCGAUCCGGGGAUGUCCGUGUCUUGCGCUAUUAAACGUGUCUAAAAGCAUCUAGUUGUGCAUACUGGUGCACCGCAAACACAAAUCGCAGUUUGAAUUCUGCAACGAGAGAUAUGUGGUGGAAGAGAAGCAAGCUGUUACUUGGACGCAAUACUUUUCCCUACACUUGUACGAGGAAACGAAUCAAUAACGACUAACGGAACGUUGACACGUAGCACUUAUCUACAGUUGCUCGACGACGAUAUUAUGUUCUUGCCAUUCCGCCGGGGAUAUUAACAUCCUCGUGACGGUGUUGUAAUGAGAGAUCACGUGAUUUCAGGCAGCUCGAUGCUACACAAGGUGGCACGAGUUAGCGUCUUGAUUAUUAUGUAAGGUACAAUUGUACAUAUAUAUAUACAUAUAUAUACUGAUCUUUUACCAUUUAAUACUUCAAGGAAAUUAAAUGUCGAAUAAUGUCGAUCGAGGUAAUUUUCUAUUACUUCAACGCUGUGUCUUUUACUACGAUGAUCAUUAUUCGACUGAUGAGCGUUGAUCGUACAUACCAAUCGAUUUCCUUAAUCGAUUGUAUCUCACGUGAAAACGCCUACGUCUUGAUCUCUUUAUGAUAAAAUAACUGCUUAGUAAGAAAAAGAGAAAGAGACAAUGUCAGUAGACUUCAAAAUGAGAAAUAUGAGUUUCGCAUUAUUUGCACACAGUAUUAAAUGGACCGAGAGAUUCUGGAAUUGUCUACGACAGUUAUUGACAGUCGAUUACGUAUUUGCGUAAUCUUAAGCAUUAAGAUUGUUCGCGAGAAAUAUGCGCGAGAGAGAAGUAUAUAUACAUAUAUAUAUAAUUCUAAAUAAGAAAAAAUAAUACAACAAACCUUCCUAAGUGCUAACAUUUAAUAUUGUUGUUAUAUGCAUAAGAUAUCGUUAUUUAAUCGACUACAUACACUAAGUCUAAUCGCGUUCCAAGAUGCUCCAUUUAGAUUGGUCUUCGAUUACUAAAAGAUCAGAUCUCAGGAGAUUCCAGUCAGAAUAAUGUAAGGAAUAUACUGAGAGGGUGAAAUCUCUUUGGCCUAGAGCAGAAACAUUGGAAAAUGCUGAGAGAAGUUUACACGAACGCGCGAGUGAUCUGAUAUAUUUUUGACUGAAAGUACUCCGUAUAUAAUAAUUUUUUUUCUGGGGAUGCCCGCACCGUGAAAAUACCGAGAUACUAUCUUGUUGGAAAGUGUCUCGGUAUCUCACUGUGUAGAGAACGAGUCUUCGUAUCCUAAGCGAUUCCGGUCGGGCAAACCUCUUUGAGGAAGACAAUCAAAAAUGUUACAACGUAACAUUGUCCUUGUUGUUUCUAAUUGUAUGAUAUUUUAGGCUACGCGCUACGAUAUGUGUACACAGGUAUCUAUGAGGGGAUUCUUCGUAGUAAUAACGAACUUAGGGUUAAAACUUAUCCCGUCGUAAGUCUACAUCGUGUAAAUUCGUUAUUUAUUUAACGUGUUGAUUUAAUGAAGGCAGAGGUACGCGGGGUAUCGCAAUCUCUGCUUAGCGAUAAUCGCUCGAGUAAUGACGAUCGAAUUAAAAAGAAAGAGAGAUAAAAAAAGAAAUGACGUUUUACAGAGAGAAUAUAUAAUGUUACAUCUAUACUUAAGAGUAAAACAUACGGUUAUUUCUCUUUGUAGAUUCUGUCAUUUUUAUUUUGCGUAAAUCGAUGAAUUAUGUUUUUUAUUUCUAAAUCUAGUCCAAAGAUUAAAUUAUAAUUUUUGAAUCUUUGAUAAGUUAUCCAUUGUUAGAUAUUUGAACAAAAAGUUAUUGUUAAAUCGUGUUCAAUUCAUUUGCAUAAAUGUGCUGUACAGCGAUCUCGAUUUAAUAUUUUCGAAGAAAUUUAGACUUUUCGUUGUAAUUAUGAAUUUAAGUACAUCAUUUCGUUGUAUAUACUAAUAUCGAAAGAGCUAUACUUUGAUCUGAUUGAUUGGUGGUUUUUGAAUAAGUAUGAAAGUCAUAGUUACCUGUGCAAACUUGAAUGAAUCUCUCGAAUUAUAUUUUGUAUUGUACUUUACAUUAAGUUUCUUAAAACACAAAAGGUGUUCAUCUCAAUUAUAUAUAUUUUUUAAUUUUUGUUUUUUUUUAUGGCUGCAUUGAUUUACAAUUUUGUCGAGCUUAUGAUUUCUAGUGUAGAGUUUUUAAUUCUUCGAAAUUAUAUUUUGAUAUAAUAUAGUAUAUAUUGUUAUUAUUUUUAUAAACUUAAUCAAAAUUUUAUAAUUAUUUUACAUAAUUUGUCUAGAUUAUAUAUUAUUAUGUAAAUAUCUUUUAUACCAUCGCGUGCAGUGAUAGUAGAACACAAUUUAUCAUUCUACUAUUGUUCACUAUUUCUAGACAUACAUUCUAUUAUAUAAUUCUGCUUCUAUUAUAUAAUUAAGCAUUGUUUUUCGUAGGCAUUUCAGCGAAAAGCGAAAGAAAAGAAAUCGACAAAAUUCACUCGCGAUUAUCGCGCGAAUUUUAACAAGCAGAGAAAAACUGAUAGAUCAAUUAAGAUGUACGCAUUUAUUAUUGCAAGCGAUAGUGCAUCCCGUAAACUUAAGAAUUUUAAAAUAGUAUCCCGUGUACCUCUUUCAGAAUUUCAUGAUAUUUCCGUUUAGUUAUUGUAACUGCGAUAGAUGGAAAAAGUAUAGCAUUUAUUUCACUUUUGAAUAGUCGCAAUGGCGUUUUUUUUUUCAUAGAAAGAAGAGAGAGAAACAAAGAGGUAUGUAUGUGUGUGUACACGCGCGCGCGCGCACACAUACACACCUUGAGAUAUAUAUAUAUAUAUUUCACAUUUUAUUUCUAAAAAGAAUGCAGAGUUACCAUUUCAUAGUCGAUAUUAAUUAUCGCAAUAAUAUUUUUUUGAUAAACAAAGUUACUAAUUAUUCGUGAGGUUGUAACUUGUAUCGUAGCGAACGCGAUUGACUUUAUCCGAGUACAGGUGACGGUAGAUUAUUGUAAUAAGGAUAAUACGGACGAUAUUUAGCGUAAUGCGUAUUAUUCUUCUCUUUGGUACGUUCCGAACGAAGAGAUCAAUACGCAUGAACGUCGAGUCUUCGCAAAGUUGGGCGGAUGCCACGUUGAAAAUACGCAUUCUCUGUGGCAUCUCGAAAAAUAUCGUAACGGAAAGAAAUCAAUUAAAUGCGUAAAUUCUACGAUACAUGGUACACUGGAUUUCUAUCACACACUAAUAUUUUUAUGGUAAUAUUUAUUUCGGGAUGUUUUUUACCCCGAACACACGUUGUAUAGUUUAUUACAUUUGUAAGUUUCUCAUCAAUGUUUCGCCUCUCCGUAAUGAAGCAGAUUUUAGUACGAGCUUACUUCGCUUACUUUACUUCGUGAGCGUAAUUAUUAUCGUUUUCGAGUUUGCGAUAUUAAUAUAUAUGUAUAUAGAGAUAAUUGACUUUUCUCUCAUGUCGAUUACGGCAUUGAAGCGUGCAAUCUCUUUUUGGAUAUAUUUUCGUUAAUUAUAUAUAUCACGUUGAGGUUGACGACGAUGAGUGCGCACGAGAUAAUUGGGAUAUAAGUGAUAAGAGUGAGCAAAUGGAAUGCGUAUUUCCAAUUAUAUAGAUUUCCUUUAUGCUCCAAUGAUAAUUAUCCGAGUUUUUAGCUUUGUUAUUUAGCUUCCGUCAAUUGAGGAGUUGGAAAUGGAAUUCACGCAACUGUUUUUUAUAAAGUUGUACAUUGCAUCUAAUUAUUGUUAUACUUGUUUUAAAACACUAUGACUAAACAUAACAGAUAAUGUUUAUUGCCUCUUUGGAUUGCACAAGUUUUAUAUUCUUUUUCACACGAAGUUAAUUAAGUUACUAUCGCAUCCAAUUCCUCGAUUACAGUCAUUUUAAGUAUAGUGUGAUCUACCUAUGCAUUUAUGUCCUUUGAUUAGAUCAGAUCAAGCCGCUGUGUGUAUUUUGUCGGAGAGAUCUUUUCCCUGGCAUUAUAUGUGGACGGAUGUCGCAUACUUGCUUGGGACACGAUCGGCGUCGUUCUCUUCCUACAUUCGUGUAAUGUACGUAUGUAUUUGUGUAUGUAUGUACGUUACACAUACAUGCGUGUGUAUAUAAAAUAAGUAUAUAGCUCUAACGGGAUAUAGAUAUAAUAUAUAUAUAUAUAUAUUCACGUUGAUAUAUUAUAUAUGUGUUGUUGUUGUUGAUGUUGUUAAUCGUAGGGUAGCUGUAAAGAAAAAAAAAAGGUAGCGCUAGCAUAAUCGUUGUUAAUAUAAGAACUACAGGAAACAACAAAUAAGAGUUCUCUACGCUACGACGAACACGUUCGCGGACGGGUUUGUUAAUUAAUCGCAACGUCAAUUGAUGCGUGCGUCACGAUGUUAUCAAUUUGUACCUGCGAUCUUAUCAGUCUUGACCGCUCUGGCGUUAUUAGCCUUUUUUCCCUCGCUUUUAUCGAAGGAUCUCCAAUUCGAUCGCAGUCAGAAUCCCUCUAACGAUGCUUAAAGGGAUGCUAGCUGGAUCUAUUAAGCACUAUUUUCAGACAUAAACAUUUUUUUGAUCACACAGAAUUAUAAAUCCUUUUCGUUGAUGAAAAUUAAAGUAUAGAUCAUAACGCGGGGUGGUGCGUAAAAUUUCGUAUUAAAAAAAAUGUGAAAAAAUUAGAAAAUUAUAAUUUUGCUAUCGGCUUCUGCGAUCGACUCGUGACAACAUUUGUUACAUCGUAUUUCUAGAAACGCGAUAGAAACUCGUAAGUACAAGAGAAAACAUUGUCUGAAAAUUUGUGUGCGCGUGUGUGCGUGCAUUAUCGAUGCAGUAAUUUGUAGAGAUAUAUUGAUGUUUACUAUUACAUCAAUAUCGCAAGCACACGUAGGUCAAUUCGGUCGGCAAAACUAACGUCGCCAGCAUUCCCUCGACGCCAAGGUGGUCGACUCUCGAGGCGGCGUCUCUCCGAGGUGCCGUCUCUAAUACCUAAGGUUUACCAAAUAGAUAUUUAUAGAACACCUCGAGCUAUCGUCGAGGAUCCCCGUAACGGACGUGUCUGUCGUUCUAGAGUAACCGCGAAGAGUUCGCAGGUGUAUAUUAUACGUAAGUAUGCGUAGUUUGAAACGGCCUACAAACGAUCGUAGUGACUUGGCUCAGCUUAUUGUAUCGUUCCGUUCUGUCAACAAGGUAUUGCACUCGCCGCUUUAGUCCCGAGGUUCAAAAAUCGGAGCGUCAAAACGUCCGCCGCUGUCGAGAAGCUCUAAAAGAAAAAAUUUAAAAAAAGCGUUAGAUCGUUACCCGCCGCAGCAGGCUCAUCCGAGAUCUUUCGCCUACUUUUAUCCGUGUUUUGUCGCGUCCCUCCGUCGCGUCUCUCAGUCCCUCGUGCUCACCAUGUUAAUAGGGAUCUCCUUAACAACGAUUCUUCGUACCUGACCGUACACUAUUGUCCUCGACAUUGCGUCCCUCUUCGAUCCACUCGUGUCGAAGACAGCGAAAAAAUCUUUUGACGGAUAUGUCUACGAAGAAAGCAUAUAUAUUAUAUAUACAAUCUCCUCCUUCAAACGCUCUCGCAAGAGAUGUAAUACUCCGGCGGUUGAUCAGGCUGCACCCGACAUUACGAAGAUGUAUGUAUAUUAGAAUUUUACCGCUGCGUAGCCGCCGCCACCGCCACCGCCGUGUUUUUGGAUCGUCUAUCAGUUUUAGCAGCGACUAAUUCUCUCUAAUUCUCGCCAAUUCUCAACCGACAAUGAAGUAGAGUAAACUCGAUAUGUAUGUGUAAAUACGGUGCAACGACGAUAUUCUAUAUAGAGAGACUGCGUUGCUGGUCCGAGUUUGACGAUGAACUCUUCACACUCCCCCGAAGAACCUCGCCUUGCAACGCUGCACGACUACCUUUAGCGAUCGAUAGCAUCUUGAUUCGCAGGAUGCGAACCGUAUCGCUUAAAGAAAAAAAUAAAUAAAUAAAUAAAUGCACUUGAGCACCGCGCGAAUCUUAUGUUCAACGAUUCCGUAUCCGCUUCGCGAUCAAAAGUUCGAUCCUCGAGAUUGUAACGUAGCGUCGUAGGGUGCUCGUUUGAUUGUGACGCUUUGUUUGUAAUGAAAGAAAGGAAGAGCGCGACGGGAGAAGAGCAAACCCGUCGAUGAUUGUAACGCGGUAGCGGUCGAUAGCGCGACGCCCGACGGCGUUGCACUCCGUGGCGGAGUGCGGCAUGUAACAGGACUGGGCAAGAUACAUCAUUAAAGUAUUUGAAAUAACUGCAAUCUUAGUAUUUGAAUUACGAAAUACGAGAUACUUUUAAUCUUUCGAUUUGAAAUAUAAAAUACAGGAUCGUACUUUCUUUUUUAUGUGAAAUACAAAUAAAAUGAUGCCAGUUUGAAGAAAGUUACUCUCUAAAUUUUUUGGAGUGGAUUUUCAUCUAAAAGAGUGGAAUUCCACUGUUUAUCAAGACUGGCAGGAUUUUCACACUUUUAGAAUGGGAUUCCGCUCCAAAGAUUUUAGAGAGUACUACUAUUUGUUAUCAAGGAUGUUCUUCCUAUUUUAAAUACAUUAUUUCUAUUUGAAAUUGUAUUUGAAAUACAAGAUGGAGAUCGAGAGAAUAAAAUUUUUUAAAUACAAAGUACAAGUUGUAAUUCAAAUGCAAGUUUAAAUAUGCCCAGCCCUGGGCAUCAUGUAUAUGUAUACGUUAUCUCUUACUUUGUUACCGUGAGUAGUCGCGUCCCGUACAAAAUGAUUUCGUCUUCCCUCCUUAGCUUAGUCGCGGCAACGCGAAACGACGAUGUACCGCGCCGAAUCUCAUUAUACUUACAAUUAGCGUCGGCCGUUUCGGCGCCGACGACGCGUCCCCUGCGUUCGACCGUCUCGUCCAGGUCGAAUCCUUCGUCGUUAUCGUUUUGCAUUUUUUCGUGAUUUUUAUGUAUAUUUCUCGCAGUUGUGUCUCUCGUUAUUCUUUAAUUGGCGAUUGGUUCCGCUCGACUCGCGUCAAUCGUACUCUUUUUCCAUUUUCUUUUUGUAAAUAGCGACGAGAGAUUAUAACGAUUUGUUGUGUUCA